GCCCCGCGCUGGCUGCGGCCCGCGGACGCCAUGGCUGGUGAGGCCGAGGACCUGAACGGCCGGGAGGCCCAGAGCGUCUGCGAGGCCCUGGGGCGCUACGAGGAGUCGCUGCGGGGCGCCGUGCGGGAGAUGCGGGCCGACAUCCAGGUGUUGAAGCAGGGGGUGGGCCGGCAGGUGGAGGAGGUGCUGCGCCUCGCCAGCCCCCUGGCACACGCCGUCUCUGAGCUGCAGCGGGAGAACCGGCGUCUGCGGGCGCAGCUGGAGGGCCUAUCCCGGCAAGUGGAGGCCCUCGGCCGGUCGGCGGGGCUGCCGCAGGAAUGGGCGGAUGAGGCAGUGGGGAGCCCCCCAGCUGCGGGGCCUGGCUCCCCUGGGCAGGGCCCGGCCGGCGGCAGGUUCUCCAGCCAUGCCAAGCUGGCAGUCACUGGUCGCAGCCAAAGUGUAGACCUGGAUGACCACCACAAGCCUGAAUUUAGACGAGUUUUUAGUUCUUCCAUCAUUGAAAAUGGGCAUCAGUCUUCAUCAGGUCAGGCAAAAGUCUCCCAUGAACUGGCCUCUUUUGACACGUCAGACUCUUCCCCUGAGGCCCAUGCCCCUGCAGUUGCCUUGCAGAUGCCCCACCUCCCCGUUACUGCAGUCACCAGGGUAUCAGAGAAGUUUUCAGGAGAGACAGUCUGUCUAACAGGAACAACUAGUGCGUCUGUGGGCCUGCAGGGACAGAGCAAGAGCAAAAAUGCGAUGGCAGUGAAAACUUCCAACCAGUCAGUGAAGGCCUGGAAUUCAAGUACUGUGCGAACAAUGGAUUCAUCUGCCCCUGGAGAGAAUAUCACUUCUGUCACUAAAUCUGUGUCAACUGAGAGCUGUGAGGCGAGUAGUGGAACUAAAACUGUUGAAAGUGCCACUGACAGUUACUGUGAUGUGACACCCAGCACUCGCUCCUCUCCUCCCGCUGGACGUCGCCAAGUUGAAAGGAGGCGAGAACUGGUGCGGUCUCAGACGCUCCCACGGACCUCAGGAGCACAGGCCAGGAAAGCGCUUUUAGAGAAAUUUGACCAUGAUAGUGGAAAAGGAAAAGGAGAAUCCAGAGCUAAACUGAAGAGGUCGCAGAGUUUUGGGGUUGCCAGCGCUAGCAGCAUUAAACAAAUUCUGUUAGACUGGUGUCGCUCAAAAACCAUAGGAUACAAGCACGUUGAUCUCCAGAACUUCUCUUCAAGCUGGAAUGAUGGGAUGGCAUUCUGUGCUCUUGUGCAUUCUUUCUUUCCUGAAGCUUUUGAUUAUAAUGAGCUUGACCCAGCUAAUCGCAAGCAGAACUUUGAGCUGGCCUUCACCAUGGCUGAGAAAAUGGCUCACUGCGAUCGUCUGAUAGAAGUGGAUGACAUGAUGAUGAUGGGUCUCAAGCCAGAUCCCAUGUGUGUCUUCACCUAUGUUCAGUCUCUGUACAAUCAUCUACGAUGCUUUGAAUAAAACCACCGACAUCUCUCCAGCCAGAAGGGUCAAGUACAGCAUGCUGAUGAGAAGAGCAACAUUUUGCAAAUGGAACACAGUGUUAUUUCUUGCUUUUUACUGUCCUUUUGCUUACAUUCACCUGUGUGGCCGGCUGGCUGAAGUGUUGCAGAGCAGUGCCCCGAAGUGUUGAUCACAUCAGCAUGGUAGAAAUACAGAAAUAUGUUUGAAAAAGACUGGAAAAAAAAAAAAAAUAGGGAAAGGUAAAUGCUGUCAUUUUGGUGCUAGUAUUAGGUUGGAUUUUUAAUAUUCUUGUGUUUAAAGAUCACAGGAAGCUAAUUUGCUGUUCUUAUCUCUGUUAGGCAGGGGACAGAGUUUUAUGCAGUGACAGGUAACUCUGCUACGAAGGUGUUUCCUCUUAAAAUGCAGGUAAAACUCCAAAGAUGGCACCUUCAGUCUCACUUUGCUGUUCAGCAUAGCACAAAAGAAAUAGCAGAUGGACAAGGAAAAUUCCAUUUAGCAAAUAAUAGCAUACUCAACCACUAGGGUGAUCCUCUGUCCCUACCCCCUGCUCCAGCGUACACACACACACAUCCAGCAGACAUUGCUUUGUUCUCUUAGAGCAGAAGGAGAACAUCAGUUCUUACCUGAUGACUGGGGCAACAGAACUACCAUGUUAUACAACAGCAUUUCUCUGUAACGGCCACAUCUGAAGAGAUUUGCUUGGAAACUUGCCAAAGCCUAUGCUGGCUGUCCUGGAUUAAUUUCUUGAUCACAAAAAAACAGCAACAGGUAGGGCUGCUGCAUGUAUGAGACUGUGUGUUUGUGUGAUUUAGGAUUACAGGAAAGGGGGGAAUGAGCAAGGUACAAAAUCCUUGAGCAGUGUUAACAGAAGCAGGACUCCAGCACACUUUGACCUGGACUCCCGGGGAGAGCAGCUUUCUGGUAGGGACAGGAAUGAAGCCUUGCUCAGUCCUCAUGCUGACUCCAAGGUGAACAGGCAAUAUGCCAAAAAAAAUAUGAAAGAUGUGGGAGUUUUGAAGUGCCUUGGACUAGUUUCUGUUUUCAGUUAAAUUAGCAUAAAAACCACAAUACAGUGGGAUUACUCCAGAUUUACUGGACAAAAAGGUCAUGUGUUGCCCCUUCUGGUUUUCUCCUUCAUGAAUCAACAGAGCUUUGUUUUCACAGUGAAUGUUAAAACCACUAAAAAACUUACUUAAAAAAAAAAAAGCCUUUUAAAAUUAUUUAUUCCCAAAGAACAGGCUCAUAGAAAGUAAAAACUGAAAGCCACGAGCCCUCUGCUCAUGCCAGAGAAUGUUUUUUAGCCUGCAUUUGUGCUUUUUGUAGAUAUUUAUAAAGACGACUUUUGUUCUGUAUUGAUGACCAUUUAUAAUAAAAUCUGUCAAGCGUU